GCAGCAAUCAGCUGUCAGUCGGUGAGAAAUUUGUUGACAAACUUUGGCGGAAUACGGGUUUCUCCGUCGUAACAGGAUACACAGCUCCGGGAGGUUGGAAAACGGCUCGGAAUGUACAUUUUCAUCACAAAAUGUACGUCCCGAUAUUCGGUUCCGAGCACGCUGCUUUUCCGUCGGAUGAUCAGCUCGUCGGAAGUGGCGACCGCGCUACGACCUUUUUACUUUGCCGUUCACCCGGAUCUGUUUGGUCGCUAUCCACAGCAACGGCAGGUGAACGAAGACUCACUGAAGCUGCUCAGUGCCCAUCUGGAAUCGUUACUCAGCCAGAAACGAGUGCUUCCGUCGACUCCCCGGACGCUUCCAUUCUACAUACGGGCAUCGAAUGCACCGCAAGAUCGGGGCACAUUUAAUCUCGUGAAGGUACCGCUCGAGCGCACGGUCGAUACCAAGCUAGUGCUGCGAAGAAUACUCGAAUCCUGUAACCUAUCGACGGAGUAUGUCGAUAAGAUGCCUGCAACUAAAAAUAGCACACCGUCAUCGUCCAGCAACCACGAGGAAGGCUUUCAGCAGCAGUAUCAACAGUCGUUUUACUACCGGAAACGAUCGGAGUACAAUUUCGGCAAAGAAGAGGACGCGGACAACGAAGAUGGCUCUCCGUUCGAGAAGGAGUUCGAUUUGUUUCAGUUUAGGAUCAAGAAAGUGCGCGAAAACGAAACGCUCAAGAAAUGGCUUCGGAAGCAGGUUGUCACGGCAGCGGUACGUACGAAAGCCGUACAGGAGUUGCAGGAAGAGGUUGAGAAGCUGCGGGAGGAUGUAACGAAACGCUUGGGACUUCGGGAGAUAAUUUACGAUUGUGGCUGGAACGUGGAACACUUUCGCGGUUGCUUGAAGAGCCUGGAAAAGCUAUCCGAACUGCAUCCGGGAGCGUUGGAUGGGUUAAGGGAUCGAACGCUUGUGUUUGCCGCGUUCACGGGCGUCAGUCUUGAAGGGCACGUGAUGCUAUUUACCGGCGAUGUUCAACGAAACUGGUUGGAGUUGAUCAAGACAAUCGACAAACACGAUAGCUACCUGAGCAAAUUGCCUGCGUACGAGUAUGCGUUGUCGCAGGUGCUUCGCAAUAUUCGCAUCGGCCGGCGAAAGUUUAUGCCAAAAGCGCAAGCCAUGGCGUACGCAUCGCAUCUGCGCAAAAUAACGACCGCACUGUUGGAUUAUCUCGGUAAAUCAAAGUUUCCCAAGUCAUGGCCGAUGGAUCUGUCGCAGUUUGAGCUGGUGGUCGAAUCGGAAGCUGGCCCUCUGAUGGUUAGUCCCACCGGGCAGUUGAUCGUUCCGGCCACCUGUCCCGGAUCGUUGCUGGUAGACUUUCUUACCAACCAUCUGGCGGAGGCACUCGAAAAGCAAAGUUCAUACGAUCGCCAAAAACACAUCGAGCGCGAUCUGCAUGCACGCUGUGUGGCACAGUUUCGGUUGCUGUCGCUUACGAAGGACGAUUCCGUGACGCCGGAUCGGAUGAUCGAGUGUUUGGAGAAAUUGCUGGCACAGGGAGUGAAGGAUGGGCUGGAGCUGGCCGAUUUGAAUCUUACCAUUACGACGUACUACUCCGUACUGGCCGACGGAACGGUAUGCAUACCGUGGGACUGGAAGCAAUAAGUUGGAGGGUGGAUUUGAGUCAAUUGAAAAUUGAUCGUCAAUUUGCGGGUUAAGCAGCUACAAACCUUGUGUGCCAUGUACCGAGAUUUUUAGGUGGGAACAGUUUUCCGAGAAACGAAAAAACGCGGGUUUUAGUGUGUAACUAAUUAGGUAGGUAAUUGUUUGGAAAUGGUAAAGACAAUACAAUAAAAACGAUGACAUGAGAGGAGCAACUAUAAAAUUCAA